CUUCACCCUAGAUUUUCGUCAAACCACGACUUCAACUUCGCACCAACUCUAGCUAGUUGAUCCAUCAAGCAGUCCAUCAAUUACUUCAGACCACGCUGCUAAUUCUACACUUCCACUUUCAUUACCUAUAAAUACUUCAUCCUCGAUUUUCUCACUUAUCUUUUUCACCUUUCCUCCCAUUUCCUUCUUAUCACGUGUCACACUAUCAACGACACAAUGACGGGCAGACGACCUGUCGGUAGGCCUCGCAAGAACAACCCUUCCGAGAAGGAUGCCGAGAAGGAUGCCCAGAAAGAUGCUCAGAAAGAUGCUUCGAAGAAGGACGCCCCGAAGAAAGACGCUCAGAAGAAGCCAAGAGCUUCCAAGGCCCAAGUUGAAGUUGCCGAUGACCAACAAGUCGGCCAUCUUAACGUAAGACCCCAUGGUCAAGCUCGCAACGAACUCGAAGAGCGUAUUAGCGACCUGGGUGAUUCUUGGGAGACGGAGUCGUUAUUUGAGGAUGUCAUCGAGGAUAUCACCGAAGUUAGCUUUUUCGAUGAUAUCGAUGCCGUCACUCCGGAGCAAGCGGUCGAGUACCGCGAGCAGCUGCGUACCAUCGGCCCUCGGGAAUUUUGCAGGCAGACUGUCGAUUGCGGCGCCAUUUCGGCGAAGAAGCUUUUGACAGCCUUUGGGAUAAGACCCCCUCUUUUCCUUGAAGGCCUCACUGAUGACGCAUAUUUUGGACUGCUCACUUUGGCCAUGUCGCGCGAACUAGCCAAACGCGCUAAGCUCCCUAAGUACAACACUAUCGAUGAUGCCGUUGCCUUAUUGAAGAGAUCGCGCAACAUCGUCGUUCUUACUGGAGCUGGAAUCUCUACUUCGCUUGGCAUCCCUGACUUCCGAUCGAAAGAGACGGGUCUCUACACGAAGCUUGAGAAGCUCGGAUUGGGUAUCAAUGACCCACAAGAGGUCUUUAAUAUCGAUGUCUUCCGUGACGACCCCACCAUCUUCUACUCGGUUGCGAAGGAUAUUCUACCCGAUACCAAAGGACUCUUCUCACCCACGCACGCCUUCAUCGCUCAAUUACAGAACAUGGGCAAGCUCUUGACCAAUUAUUCGCAAAAUAUCGACAACAUUGAGGCGAAUGCAGGUAUCAGUCCCGACAAGCUUGUUCAAUGUCAUGGCUCCUUCGCCACUGCUACCUGUCAGAAGUGUGGUCACAAGGUCAAGGGUGAUACCAUCUUUGCCGACAUCAAGGACGGUAAGAUACCACGGUGUGUCAAGUGUGUCGCCUCCCUCCGCAGCAACGGUUCGACCAAGCGCAAGCGCUCCACCAAGAAGACUGCGGGUAAGAGAACUCGACGCAGAAGUUCGGAAGAUGAUGACGAUGAUGACGAUGACCAGUAUGAUAUUCCUGCUGCUGGUGUCAUGAAGCCGGAUAUCACCUUCUUUGGUGAGGAGCUUCCUGACGAGUUUAGUCAGCGACUCGUUAAGCACGACCGCGAUCUCGUCGACCUAGUCGUCGUAAUUGGUACAUCACUCAAGGUUGCACCAGUAUCCGAAGUCGUGCCGUACCUUCCCCCUCACAUUCCGCAGAUCUACAUCUCGAGAACUCCAGUGAGUCAUAUCAACUUCGAUAUUGACUUGCUUGGAGACUGCGAUGUGGUUGUCGCGGAGCUGUGUCGCCGUGCUGGAUGGGAGCUUAAACAUAAGAUGGUGUCUCCCGACCAAGUUGUGGAUACCAGACUGGAAGAGGGCUACAAGAGUCGACAUAUCUUUACAGUGAGCGAAACGUCGACGCCUGAAGAAGACAAGGAUUGAUCAACUCCGACAAGCCAAUGAUUCAAUAGCGGCUGCUCUUAUAUUAUUUGCAUUUUCUCGACUGGGGUAUGGUGUGGCAAUUCCGUAUUCAUUUUAGCAGCAAGGAGUUUAGGGUUUUUACGUUUCUGAGGGA